UGUUCUGUAUGUUUGAUUAGGGUUAUGUCAUUGCAGAAUACUUGAUGGGGGAUUGAUUAGACUUAAUUGUGGGUACGACAUAGUUUUGAACAUAAUUCAGAACCAUUUUAAAAAUAAAUAACACUAGCCAAGUUGGUGAUUGCAAUGGAAGUACUUGGGACUGUUGGACAUAGUUGGCUCAAUGAAUUAAUUAAUAAAUGUAAUGUUUAUUUGUCCAGUUUACAUUAGUUUUCUUCCCCUAGAAAAGAAGGCAGUGCCAAUAUUGGGCUUCUAGUGCCUAACACACAGGCACCGUGUUUGGGGAUGCACAUGUUUUGGCUCCUCAUUUUCCACACUUGGAAGUUUGAAUCUUCACCUCACCCUUUCUUAAUCAUUUUCUAUUAUUUUAGUUGUAAAAUAAUUUCUCUAUUCUCUUCAGAAUCAAUCUAAUCAAGAAAAACAGAUUUUUGAUUCGUUAAGUGAGAAAAACUGAUGCCUAAAUCAUAUAUAAACAUAGAGGAAAAAAGAAAGCAAACUACAUUAUAGUAAGUGAUUUUUGAUAAACUUAAAAGAGAAUAAUUAUGAAUACUGUUUCUGUAUAAGGAUUUACAUUAUAUUCAUUUUUCUCUGAAUUUUUGUUAUAUUAUGAAAAUAUACUUUGAUCACAGGAAAAAAUAGUUAUAUUUUGGUUUCAUAUUCCAAACUUCACGGUGUUCCUCUAACAACAGCCUUUUCUUAUCUUCCAAGGUCUCCCAAGUCCCACCUACAGGUUGCAGAUGAACUAGUGGCUGAAAGACUACGCAUAUUAUGGUCCUCCACCAAGAGCGUCUCAUCAACUGCACCUUGUCUCUCUCACUGGCAUCUACUCGAUUUUAUUGCAAACAAUCAAUUCUAUUUUAGAAGACGAAGGAAACCCCCAUGAGUGACAUAGGAAAUCAUACUGUGCUUGUGGAAUCAUUCGAAGAUAAUGAGGAAACUUUUGUUGAUAAUGAGGAAAUUUUUGAAGAUAAUGAGUGUCCUGCGUUAAACGACAAACUGCCAGGAGAACACAGUGAUCUUGUCCCUAAGGUUGGAAUGAAGUUCAAUAAUGAGAAUGAAGUUUUUGAAUUUUACAAAGGAUAUGCUUAUCAUGUGGGUUUUCCAGUUAGAAAAAGGAAUUCGAAGAAGGGUGAUGAUGGGGUGGUAAGAUAUGUAACAUAUGCAUGUAGCCGAGAAGGUAAAAGAACUAGUAAAGCUAGCACCCCUCUGAAGCCUCAACUAACUAUUCAAUUAGGGUGUAAAGCUAGGAUGACAGCCUGUUCAGAUGUUGUAGGAACAUGGCGAAUAAGCACGAUCCAUCUUGAGCAUAACCAUAAAAUAAGUCCAACCAAAUCUAGGUUAUAUCGAUGCAAUAGACAAUUGAGCAAACAUGUGAAGCGACAACUUGAGGUGAAUGAUAUAGCUGAAAUUUCGUCACACAAAAAUUAUAAAUCAACUGUUGUUGAAGCUGGUGGAUAUGAGAAGAUGACGUUUGUGGAAAAUGAUUGCAGAAACUGCAUUGAUAAGGUUAUGAAGUUAAGACUUGGGGAAGGAGAUGUUGCUGCUAUUCAAUCUUACUUUUCAAAAAUGCAAAUCCUUUGUCCGGGUUUUUAUUUUAGUGUGGAUUUGGACGAAGAGUGUCGAUGGAAGAAUAUAUUUUGGGCAGAUAAUAGGUGUAGACAAGCAUAUAAGGAAUUCGGCGAUGUUGUCACAUUUGAUACCACAUACUUGACUAAUAGGUACGAUAUGCCAUUUGUUCUAUUCGUUGGUGUAAAUCACCAUGGACAGUCGACACUACUUGGAUGUGGUCUAGUUUCCAACGAGGACACCGGAACUUUCGUGUGGCUAUUUAGGACAUGGCUUGAGUGCAUGGAGGAUCAGACUCCUGCGGGAAUAAUUACUGAUCAGGAUAGGGCUAUGCAAAACGCAAUUGAGAUAGUUUUCCCUAAAACAAAGCAUAGAUGGUGUUUGUGGCAUAUACUGAAGAAGUUGCCUGAAAAAAUUGGGAAUCAUAGUUGUAAGGCUUCAAUUCUUUCAGUUGUACAUGACAUGGUGUACGAAUCACAGAGUCCAAAAGAAUUCGAGCACGAUUGGAGUUCAAUGAUUGAGAAAUAUACAUUGCAUGACAACGAGUGGUUGUCUGGACUUUACAGAGAAAGAGGUCGUUGGGUUCCAUGUUUUUUGAAAACUAAUUUUUGGGCAGGGAUAUCAACAACAAAACGGAGUGAGUGUAUGAAUGCAUUCUUCGAUGGAUAUGUACACUCGAAAACCUCGUUGAAGCAAUUUGUUGAACAGUAUGAGCGGGCAUUAAGGUGUAAAAUUGAAAAUGAGUUUCAGGCAGAUGUGAAGUCAUUUUCUCAGGUGGUCCCAUGUGUAUCAAAGUAUGCUAUGGAGAAACAAUUUCAAAAAGUGUACACGAUUUCAAAAUUCAAGGAGUUUCAAGAAGAGUUCACUGGAAAGAUGUAUUGCGAGGUUGUGUCUACUGAAGAGGGACCAUUAGGUAUAAGGUAUGAGGUACGAGAAGAUAUCAUCUUUGAUGAAAAAGUAAAGGAAAAAAAAUUUGUGGUUGUGUUUGAGAAAGAGAAAUGUGAUAUUGUUUGCAGCUGUCACAUGUUCGAGUUUAGGGGAAUAAUUUGCAGACAUGUUGUUACAGUAUUGAUUCGAAAUGGUGUGAGAUUAGUACCUGAGAAGUAUAUCUUAAAGCGAUGGAGAAGAGAUGUGAGUAGAUCUUACAAGAGAGUCAAGAUCAAUUACAAUGGUUGGAUUAAUACUCCUGGGCAGUUAAGAUAUGAUGAACUAUGCAAUGCGUUUGCGAAGGUAGCAAAUUUGGUAGCAGAUGACGAAGAACAAACUCGGGCAACUAUGGAGUGGAUUGAAUCUCAAUUAAAUGUAUUGAACAUAUCCAAUGCGAAGCUAAGCUGUGGUAGUAAUAUAUAUGCUCAACACACUGUGCAAGAACAAGUCUUUGAUUGUGGAGAGGCAGCAACAGUUUCAAGCCAUCAAAUCUUGGAUUGAGAUGCUAGCAGACAAAGGGACCAACGGCUUCAGCGGUCAAAAUAAAGGGUUUUGUUUGAAACAGUUUCAACUAUCCGAAGAAUGAAACUUAUGACUCUAAAUUCUUAAUAUGCUACUGUUCUUAGGCUAUUUGUUAUACAUAUAUAGUAAGGUAUUUUCCCAUUUUAACUUUGAAUUAGUGAAGGUAUCUUAAAUUCUUAAGAGAGUUAUCAGCGUGCGCAUAAGAAAAUG